GUCAAGACGUCGCGUGGAACUUGCGUUAAAAUUAUGCAUUUGUUGGCAUUACGCACAGUUUUUGGAAACAUUGCGUUUAUCCGAAAAUUUCAAAACUGUAUUGUACGACGUUUAGAAGCUUCAUUGACGGAAUGGCAUCUGGAGAAAUUGAAACGAACAGAAUGAAAGUUCUUGAGAAAGUGGAAGGAUUUGAAGAGCGACGUAAUACGUUGUUGUUUGGUUCCCGGAAGUUUCCGGUCGGAGGCUCGAACGUACCUGCUGAGACCGUGGUGUUUUUUCCUGGUGAUGUACAGAAUUUUGAGAAGAUCUUGAAGCACCACGAAGCUAAUCAGAAAUGGAAAGAAUGGACAUUUGAGAGCACCAUCUGCACAUUACAACAGAGAUUUCCUCAUGCCCAGAUAGUGAUGGUCACACCUUUUCGUCGAGUGGACGAGACUUUCAGUUGCUAUGACAACUUCAUGGAGAUGGACAUCCUCGGGUCACCAGUUAGCAUUGAGUGUCAUCAUGCUUGGGAACACUUGAGACUUUUACUUCAAAAUGCUUGGAAAAGCAUUGGAGAAGAACAGGCACCCAAUUCCAUGGUUGAAGCAGGUACAAUUGGAGACAUUUUGACGGAGUCAUCACUAACGCUGAUCGGUUUCAGCAAAGGCUGUACAGUUCUCAAUCAGCUUAUGUAUGAACUAGAAGAUGCAUGCUCUAACAAAGCCGUACUUGCCUUUAUCAGAAGAAUCGAGGCCCUCUAUUGGCUCGAUGGAGGUCAUGUAGGGACUAUCCCAACGUAUGUUACAGAUGACAACGUCUUAAGAGAGAUCUCCAAACUUAAGGCUACCUUCUAUGUUCAUGUCACCCCCUACCAAGUGAAGGACGAAGGGCGUCCUCACAUAGGCGAAGAGCACCUUCAGUUCAUAUCCAAACUGAUGCAGUACGGAGCGGACAUCAAAAGCACGCUACACUUCAGGGACGAAAGCAGGUCGUUAAAGAAACACUUUGAGGUCAUCAAACUAUUCUGAGGGCAAUCUGAGGACUCCUGUUUCAGGCCCUAUGCUAUUCUUGAUGGAAGACACAUGAUUGAGCGAGCAUUCCAGAUUGGUCAGACCCAUCAAAGAUCAUUCAGUGCAGCCAGGGACCGGUCUUACCCAUCAAAGAUCAUUCAGUGCAGCCAGGGACCGGUCAGACCCAUGAAAGAUCAUUCAGUGCAGCCAGGGACCGGUCAGACCCAUCAAAGAUCAUUCAGUACAGCCAGGGACCGGUCAGACCCAUCAAAGAUCAUUCAGUGCAGCCAGGGACCGGUCAGACCCAUGAGCAGUUACAGAGUCCAUUCUUAAUCUAAGGCUUGAGGUUUGCGUACAUUUAACGUAUUGGAUACUCAUUGAUUUUGAUAUACAUGUACGUUAUUCAGACAGCCAUAAAAAGUAAAUCAUUCAAUUAAUAGUGGAAUUGGAGAAGUAAUAGCCGAGUUUGAUGUUGAUUUAGGUUUAAAUCAUUAUAGUUGUGUACUUCUUAAGUAUUUUAUCAUUCCAUAGUAAAUAUUCUGUAUUUAACAACUCAGAAAAACUUCUUCUCACAAAGUAUCUAGAUCAUCAAGUUGCGUUAUUGCCAAUAG